AAACGUCAGCUUUUGUGCUCCUAAGAUGCUGCUUGGCCUGUUGUGUUCAUCCAACUACACACUUUGUUAUCUUGGAUUCUCCAGCAUCUGCAGUUCCCAUUAUCUCUGAUCACUAAUUAAAAAUCUGUCUAUCUCCUCCUUAAAUUUACUCCAUGUCCAGUCAUCCACAGCACUCUGGGGGAUUGAAUCUCACAUAUUAAUGACCUUUUGAAGAAAGUUACUUCUUCACAUCUCUGUUUGAAAUCCGUAAGACCAUAAGACAUAGGAGUGGAAGUAAGGCCAUUCAGCCCAUCAAGUCCACUCCGCCAUUCAAUCAUGGCUGAUGGGCAUUUCAACUCCACUUUCCCGCACUCUCCCCAUAGCCCUUGAUUCAUUCUGAGAUCAAGAAUUUAUCGAUCUCUGUCUUGAAGGCAUCCAACGUCCCGGCCUCCACUGCACUCGGAGGCAAUGAAUUCCACAAGCCCAACACUCAUCUCUCAUCCUACAACCUCUCAUUCGAAAGUGCCUUACAAGGGGAAAUACCCUUCCGAUACUAAGUAUAUAAGUAAAAAUGAUGAAUAAGCUGAACUAGUCCUAUCUGCCAGCUUUUGGCCCAUAUCCCUCUAAACCUUUCAAAUCUGCAUGCCUGUCCAAAUGUCUUUUAAAUGUUGUAAUUGGACCCACCUCUACCACUUCCUCUGGCAGCUUGUUCCUUAUAUUGACCAUACUCUUGUGUGAAAAAUCUGACCCUUAGGCCCCUUUUAAAUCUUUCCCUUCUCUCAUUAAUCCUAUAGCCUCUGGUUUUGGACUCCCCUUUCCUGGGGAAAAGAUCUUGGUUUCACUUUAGCGAUGGCCCUCAUUAUUUAUAAAUGUUUUUCGGCCACCCAUUCUGUCCAGCCUCUUCUUAUAACUCAAAACCUCCACCCUCAGUAAUAUUCUUGUAAAUCUUUAUUGCACACUUUGCAGUUUAUUAACAGCCUUCCUGUAGCAGUGUGACCAGAAUUGUACACAGUACCACAAAUGCAGCCUUAACAAUGUUGUAACAUGUCGUCCCAAUCCCGAUAUUCAACACUCUGAUCGAUGAGGGCAAGCGUACUGAACACCUUCUUCACCACCUUAUCUGCCUUCAAUGUAAUUUUCAAGGAACUAUGUAUCUGUACCCCUAUGCUCUCAGUUUGACAACACUCCCUACUUACAUUUAUCUAAAUUAGACCCCAUCUGCCACUCCUCGGCUGAGCUGAUCAAGAUCCGUUGUACUCUUAGACGGCCUUCUUCACCUUAAACUCUACCAGCAACUUUGUUGCCAUCAGCAAACCGACUAACCAGGCCUGUUUAUCAUCUCGUCUAAAUUAUUUACGUAACUGACGAAUACCAGUGGAUCAACAAGUGGUCCUUGCAACACACCGCUGGUCACAGGCCUCCAGUCUGAAUGCCAAUCUUCUACCACCACUCUCCGACUCUUAUUGUCAACCCAACUUCAUUUCCCAUUGGCCAGCUGUCCCUGGAUUCCACGCAAUGGAACCCUGUGUCAACACAGGGAGCAAAAUAUCACCACACCUUCUUGUGAAGGGUUAGUUGCACAUGGCAAUAAGUGGUUGAGAGGGAAUAUGUGAGAAACAGGCUUCGGUUAAACACAACCUGUUCUGGCUGGAAGUCAACUGCAAUGACUGGCUGUGCAAAACAUUGGGGACUUUUACUAGCUCCAGAGACUUUCACUGUUGGACUGGGGCUUAAGGACACCAGAUCAUGGAAGCAGAAAUAGAGUGACAAGCACCAGACAACACCCAGGAGACCCCAAUCUGAAGACAGUGAGACUCAGUGGUUGACUGGAUCCAGAGUUGUUUAAGCUCACAGAGUUACUCUUUAGUUUGCAUUACCUGAACGCGAUCAAGUGAAUAAGGUUGUUUUUUAUUGGAGCGCACAUUUCUGCUUGUAUUUAUUUUGAUCAGAGAGCAAGCGAUGUCAAUAUCUUUUGAGAGAGACUGAGAGCAAACUUUCCAGAGUCUGCUCCCUACUCCCUGGAUUGACUCACUUUCCCUCCAGUUCCUGCAAAUUAACAGUGUAACCUCAGAAUGAGAACGGGAGUGGGAACAGAGAGUGUUGAGCUCACAGAAGUUGGACAGAGGGGGGAGUUUCAGUGAGUGUGAAGUUAAAACUAAACCCUGCGCUUUGUUGGAACGGAUGCCCUGGAGACAAGUGAAGGGAAGGUGUUUGUUGCAAAGUGACCCCUCCCCCAGAAACCUCAGCACGAGGCCCCCGUAGGCCCUUUGUCUGCAACAGGCGCAGCUCCUAUUGGCUGGCUCUGUAAUUGAACGUAAUGCGGUCCGGCCAAUAGACAACGUUGGAGGACCGAAAGCAUUGUGGUCCUCCAGCCAAUCAGAGCUCCCCAUUGCGUGAAUGCGGAAGUUGGCCCAUUCCGAGCAUGUUCAUUGCCGCUGUGCCUGAAGUAACAUCUCUCCAGGAGACACCGUCCGGGGUUCCUGUGUGUGGGGACUUCAGUUCAUCAUCCAACCUGGAGGGCCACAAGGACAACAACACCGAGGAGAAGCCAUGGCUGUGUGGGGACUGUGGGAAACGAUUCAAGUUCCCAUCUGGGCUGGAGACUCAUCGGCGUGUUCACACCGGGGAGAGGCCAUUCAUAUGCUCCGACUGUGGGAAGGAUUUCACUGAGUCCUCUUCCCUGCGGCGACACCAGCGAGUUCACACUGGGGAGAGGCCGUUCACCUGCUCGGUGUGCGGGAAGGCAUUCGGUCGGAUAUCCAGCCUUCUAAAACACGAGCGAAUUCACACCGGGGAGAGGCCUUUCAGCUGCUCCGAGUGUGGGAAGAGAUUUGUUCACUCCUCGUCCCUACUGUCACAUCAGCGAGUUCACACCGGGGAGAAGCCGUUCACCUGCUCCGAUUGUGGGAAAGUUUUCGCUCACUCCUCUUCCCUAGUGACACACCGGCGAGUUCACACCGGGGAGCGGCCGUUCAGAUGCUCGGAGUGUGAGAAGGGAUUCACUCAAUCAGCCCAACUGUUGGUCCACCAGCGCGUUCACACUGGGGAGCGACCAUUCCCCUGCACCGUCUGUGGGAAAGCAUUCAGGGAUUCCUCGGCUGUGCUGAAACACCAGCGAAUUCACACCGGGGAGAAGCCGUUCACCUGCUCUGUGUGUGGGAGGGGAUUUAUCCAGUCAUGCAAGCUGCGGAGACACCAGAAAGUUCAUCAGAAGCAGCUGGAUUCUGGUAUUCUUGUUGCUGAGAAUCACAUCCAGGACUGUUUCACACUUAUCCAGUUUCCUGGUCAGAGCCACUACCUCUUCACAUUGGAUGUGGAAACCCUCUACACAUCCAUUUCCUCCAGUCAGGAGCUGAGGGGAAAGGAUGUGAAUCCAGACAAGCGGCAGACUCUGGAAAAGGUUGGUCCGGAUCUGUCUGUCUCUCGUUUGAAAUAUAUGGACAUCCUUUGCUCCCUCAGCUUGAUCCUCUACUGUAUCAUCCAACCUGGAGGGACACAAGGACGACAACACCGUGGAGAAGCCAUGGCAGAGUGGGGGCUGCGGGAAACGAUUCGCCCCCCCCCCCCCCCCCGGCUGGAGAGUCACCGACGUGGCCACACCGAGGAGAGGCCGUUCGCCUGCUCCGUGUGCGGGAAGGGGUUCGUUCUUUCGUCCACCCUGCGGACACACCAGCGGACGCACACCGGGGAGAAUCUGUUCACUUGCGCUGAGUGCGGGAAACGGUUUGCUCUUUCGUCCAGCCUGCUGACCCACCGGCAGGUUCACACCGGGGAGAGGCCGUAUGAGGAACUGGAGUUGGAUGUUCACCUCCUUGCGAUUGCUCUGCCAUUCAAUCGGAUCAUUGCUGAUCCCACACUCCUCGUGUCCACUUUCUUGUAUUUCCACGCCCCACCCUCAAAUCCCUUGAUUCAUAUGGAGGUGGUCAUGGGCCAUCAGAUUGUGUUUGUGACCAGUGUUGUGGAAACUGAGAUCGAGCUCCAAGUCCUGGCCAUCGCCAUGACCUGGUUAUGGCCACAUGUUUCAUUGCAAAUGAUAACAGUAGUUGAUCAGAAAUGGAUGAUUGUGAACAAUGGCCAGAAGGCCGCGUAUGCCCCUUCCGUUCCCCUAGCUUUGAACUGCGUACUUUGCAGCCUAGCAGGCGACUUUGUGUGGGAGCAGGCCGUUUUACAGCAACACCUGGACUUGUUUGUGACCACCAAGCGCAGAGAAAGGCUCGGGAAAAGUACUCGAGGACAGGCGCGCUACCUAUUGGCUGGCUCCCCAACGACUGCAGAGAAUGACCAAUGGAGAGCCCUGGAGGACCGGAAGGAGUCCGGUCCUCCUGCCAAUCAGAGCUCCCCUAUUAAUAGAGGGAAGCAGAGGACAGGAAACUAUAGGCUGGUCGCUGGUAAGAUUUCAGAGCCCAUUAUUAAGGAUGAGAUUGCAGAGUACGUGGACGUGCAUGGUAAGAUAAGGCUGGGUCAGCUUUGUCAAGGGGAUGUCGUGCCUGACAAAUCUUUGACAAGAUUUAACCAGUUGCACAGACUGGAGACGUCUCGCAGCAUUCCCAGUCUGCAGAGAUCGUACAGGUGUCCUAUCUGUGAACUAGCCUUCAUCUGAUCAUCAAGCCUGGGGAGAGACAAGGAUAUCAACACGAUGGAGAAAAGGUGGAAAUGUGGGGACUGUGGGAAAGGAUUUUGUUCCCCGUCUGCCCUCGAGACCCAUCGGCGCAUUCAUACAGGGGAGAGGCCGUUCUUGUGCUCUGUCUGUGGGAAGGGGUUUGCUCACUCAUCCGCCCUGCUGACCCAUCAGCGGGUUCACACUCGGGAGAAACCCUACAAUUGCCGGGAUUGUGGGAAGGGAUUCACUGAUUCGUCCGCCCUGCUGACGCACCAGCGCAUUCACACUGGGGAGAAGCCGUUUACGUGCUCUGUGUGUGGGAAGGGCUUCAGCCAGUCAUCCAACCUGCAGAUGCACCAGAGAGUUCACACCAGGGAGAGGCCCUUCAUCUGCUCCGAGUGCGGGAAGGGCUUCACCCAUUCGUCCGCCCUGCUGACCCACCAGCGGGUUCACACGGGCGAGAGACCGUUCACCUGCUCCGUGUGUGGGAAGGGAUUCAGUGACUCGUCUGCCCUGCUGACCCACAAACGGGUCCACACGGGGGAGAGGCCAUUCACCUGCUCAGUGUGCGGGAAGGGGUUCACCCAGUCGUCCAACCUGCUGACCCACCAGCGGGUCCACACCGGGGAGAGACAGUUCACCUGCUCGGUGUGUGGCAAGGGGUUCGGUGACUCGUCCAACCUUCUGAGGCACCAGCGGGUCCACACCGGGGAGAGGCCAUUCACCUGCUCAGAGUGCGGGAAGAGCUUCACUCACUCGUCCAGCCUGCGCACACACCAGCGAGUUCACACCGGGGAGAGGCCGUUCAACUGCCUUGAGUGCGGGAAGAGCUUCACUCAGAUAUCCAACCUGCUGAGACACCAGCAACUUCACAAGAUAGGCUCCCACUGGAACCGGAAUCCACUGCACACGGCAACGUCGUACGCAAGCUCAAAUGUCUCGCUGAUUGGCACAGCCCGAUCACUCAUGCUUUGGAGAAAGAUGGCACUGUGUGAGCAUGUUAGGACUGAGGUGACCGAAUAUGGUACACGAGAAGGGCCCCACACAAAACCGGAACAACUUGAUCCUAAGUUCACAGACACCGAGCGUUUUGUUAGGCUUGAUGCCAAGAUUGGUCUUUUCCCAGAACUGAAAAGUUUCGGAUCGCGCUCCCAUUUGUUUAGGUCACUCCGCCCGUUCCGCUUGCUACAAUCACUUCUCAUGGCAGCCAUAUAUCCCACAAGACCCCACGCUGGGUACACCGCUCUAUUGACCACUCAGGAUCUGCAUUCCACUAUUCCGUUCCUCUUCAUGUGUUUAUCCAGGCCUGUGAUUCUACAUCAAUGCUCACCCUGUGUUGAAAGCUAUGACCACUUGCUUCCCCAAACCAAGUUAUUCCUCAGAGUGGAGCUGAGGGUCAUCAGAUCACCCCUGAUCUCUGAAUGGUGGAGCAGACUCAAUGAGCUGAACAGCCUAACUCUGCCCCGAUGUCUUACGGCCUUCCACCCCCUUGCUUGUGAGUAUACUGUCAGCCUGCAUGAAAAUGUUCAGGUUUGUGCCCUGAAACUGGGAGAUGUGAUCGUGGAUCUGUUUACGCACGUGCACUGGUCACUUCUGGAGAAUCAGGAGGAUGUUUAUAUGUAUAAUUUAAAUGAUCAACCCUUUACAUUUUGUACAAGUGACUUGGAUAACUGGACCAAAGGUACAGUCACCAAAUUUGCUCAUGACACCAAGAUCAGUCAGAAAGUAAAGUCUGACGGAGAGACAAGGAUGCUACAAAAUGGAUCGACCAUGGAGAAACCGUGGAAAUGUGGGGACUGCGGGAAAGGAUUCCCUUCCCCAUCUGCCCUGGAACCUCAUCGACGUGUCCACACUGGGGAGAGGCCGUUUACCUGCUCUGUGUGCGGCAAGAGAUUUACUCAAGCCUCCCAUCUGCUGACACACCAACGCGUGCACACUGAGGAGAGGCCGUUCGCCUGCUCCGAGUGCGGGAAGCGAUUCAGCAACUCCUCCAACCUUCUGAUACACCAGCGAGUACACACCGGGGAGAGGCCUUUUGCUUGUCCUGAGUGUGGGAAGGGCUUCAGUGACUCAUCCAGCCUGAGGAAACACGAGCGGGUCCACACUGGGGAGAGGCCGUACACCUGCUCCGAGUGCGGGAAGGGCUUCGUUCAGUCCUCCCACUUACUGACGCACCAGCAAGCUCACACUGGGGAGAGGUCAUUCACCUGCUGCGACUGUGGGAUGGGGUUCACUCAGUCCUCCCACCUCCUGAGACACCAGAGAGUGCACACUGGGGAGAGGCCGUUUGCCUGCUCCGAGUGCGGGAAGGGGUUCAGCGACUUGUCCACUUUGCAGACCCACCGGCGGGUCCACACGGGGGAGAGGCCGUUCACCUGCUCCCUGUGCAGGAAGGGGUUCACUCAGCUAUCCAACCUGCUGAGGCACCAGCGGGUUCACAAGUGAUGGUGCCCCGGGGGUCGGAUUCUGCUGCUGCUGAGUCGCACCCAGGACUGAAACCUGUUUAUUCUGACAGUGUGUGUAGCGGGAGGGGCCAGAGGGCUCCCCCCACCUUUCUUGCUGGACUGGCCGCUCUCUCCCACUUCACUUCCAGACAGGCUGAUGCCUUCUGAGCCCUGGGACUGCAUGUUCCCACUGAAAUUGGGCUGGAGGGGGACAGGUCACAGAGAAUGUGGAAUUUAAAGUUGAAUGACCAUUACUGACUGGCUGAAUGGCCUCCUGCAGCUCCUAAUUCAUUCAUUUAAGAAACAAUCAACACAGUGUGAGGAAGUGCGUUUAUUUCAUCCUGGACAGUGUUUGCUCGACCACUACAAGUGGAUAUAUUUCUCUCUGUUCCAUUGAGUCUCCAGCACAGAGCUCAGGCCAGUCACACUCCGUUGGCACUGACGCUUCCCACUCCUUUUCCACUCUUCCCAUCAGCAUGUCCUACAAUUCCUUUCUCCCUCAUCUCCGUAUCCAGCCUCCCCCUUAAAUGGACUCCCGCUGAUUGCUUCAACCACUCGCUGUGGGAGUGAGCCCCAACUUCUUGUCUCUCCUUGGCUCUUGUGUUGGGAAUUCACUUGUUUAGGGAGGGGCGAGAGAGAAAGAACUGGAAGAUAUUGAACUGUUUGGACGACGAAAGGUGUUUAUUGCCUCCAGCUGCUGGGACAUUUGUCUUUGGAGGAGAUAAUGGAGGUCUAUGCGCUGGCGGUUGCCAAACAGCCCAUGGGUGGUUUCUGGCUUCUCCCCACACCAGGGGGAGUCUAUCGGAGGAAGGAUUGGUGCAGCUGCAAAAUAUCCCUCUUGCUCUCUCCACCCGAUUUGAAUGUUGAGCAGCACUCGUGACUCCUUGGGUACUUAAGCCAGUCCAUGCUCAAAUGCAGCAAGAUCUGGACAAAUCCAGGUUUGGGCCGACAGGUGGUAUGUAAUAUAUAUGCCUCACAAAUGCCAGGCUAUGACCAUCACCAAUAAGAGAUAAUCUAACCACCGCCUCUUGACGUUCAAUGGUGUUACCAUCACUGAAUCCCGCACUGUCAACAUCCUGGAGUGUUAUCACUGAUGAGAAACUGAACAUUGACCAUCCCCACAGCAGCAGGACAGAGGCUGGGAAUCCUGCAGCGAGUCACUCACCUCCUGCCCCCCCACCCCAACCCUAAAAGCCCUGUCCCAUCAUCGACAAAGCACAAGUGAUGGGAUAUUCCCCGCUUGCCCUGGAUGGGGGCAGCUCUGACAACACACGAGAAGCUCAACACCGUCCAGGGAUAAAGCAGAACCCCCACUUGAUUGGCAACACAUCUACAAACAUCUGCUGCCCUCCACCCACCGAUGCUCAGUCACAGCAGUGUGUACCAUCUACAAGAUGCCCUGCAGCAAUUCAUCAAGGCUGCUCAGGCAGCACCUUCCAAAACCCAUGCCCUUCUACCAUCUAGAAGGACAUGGGGCAGCAGAUACAUGGGAACACCAUCCCCUGUAAGCUCCCCUACGAGCCAAUCCCCAUCUCAACUUGGAAAGUGGAAACAUACUGCCAUUUCUUCAAGUAUUACUGGGUCAAAAUCUUGGAUGACCCCCCCACCCCUAACAGUAUUGUAGUUCUACUUUCAGCUCCCACCACCUUUUCAAGGGUCAACCAGGGAUAAGCAAUGAAAGCUGGGGCCAGCCAGCGAUGCCCACAUCCUGUGAGUGAGUUUUGAAAAGCACCUAAACGGCCCGCUCCUGCCUCUCCAAAACAAACUUCAUUACGACACGGCACCUCAACAAAUCGUCCCAUUCCAAACAGCCACCAGCCUUCACCCAGAGAGGACACCGCUGGGCCAGAUUACCAAAUACCAGACGAGCGUCCUCCUUGUGCAGUCAAACACCACGUGUAUCGAUGUGGCCAGGGCACCAACUGGAGAUAAGCAGCCAGUUCAUUUUCAGGCCUGGUUGAAAUCAAACAACAGCCAGCUGGCUAGCCACUAACAUUAACGUCUGCCAUUCACUGCUUGAGACCUUUUGGAAAAGCAUGAAUGACUGAUGUCCUUGAAGUAAUGGCGAGACUGGUAGGUUAACUGGAUGGGCGGCACUGUGGCUCAGUAGUUAACACUGCUGCCUCAUGGCGCAAGGGAUCUGGGUUCACUUUCACCCUUCGCAACUGCCUGUCUGGAGCUUGCACAUUUUCCCCGUGCCUGUGUGCAUUUCCUCCGGGUGCUCCGGCUUUCUCUGGACUGGCCAGGCUAAAUUGCCCCGUCGUGUCCAGGGAUGUGCCGGCUGGGUGGGUUAGCCAUGGGAAAUGCAGGGUUACAGGGAUAAGACGGUAGAGCAGGGGGUGGAUAUGGCUCGCUGUGGAUUUGAUGGGCCUGCUUCCACACUGUAGGAAUUCCACAAACUGGAUGGUCACCAGACCCCAGGCGAGGGGAGAGGCUGCGAAGGAGAGUCCUUUGCGGUAACCUCAGUUGGCACAGGAAUUGAACCCAUGCUCUUGGCAUUGUUCUGCAUUGCCAACCAGCUGUCCAGCCAACUGAGCUAACCGUCUCCCACUGAAAACUAGCAGUGAACUUCGAAAGUGACCAGUGAGGUUGUUACAAGACACAGAGAGUCCAAGAGGCUUUCCCCUACAAGAGCAAAAUGCCUUGUGGGCAGCCAAGGAACCUGCAAGCGGGCAUGGAGCUGCUACCUCCCAUCUGAGAUGCUAAUGAGCAGGAAGGCAGAAAAGACAUUUUUAAUCAGUAGUCAAAGAUUUUGGGGGAAAAGGCAGGAAAAUGGUGCUCGGGAUUACCGGAUCAACUGCGAUCUCUGCGAAUAGCAGAGCAGACUCAAUGGGCUGACUGGCCCACUUCUGCUCCUGUGAUGUGUGUCCUGCUCAGGACGACAUGAUUCCAGUAAUGAGAAACUUCAGCGACGAAGAAAGACUGGCCCCGACGUCUUCAUUCUCCAUCAAGAGGAGGCGGCGGAGAGGAGAUCCAACAGAAGUUUAUAAGAUUGUGAGCAGAGCUUCUUCUUCGUUAAAAGAAAAGAGAAGGAGAGAUUUAAAGUCAACACAGUGCGGAGCUGGAGGAAUACAGCAGGCCAGGCAGCAUCACAGGGGCAGGCAAGCUGACAUUUCGCGGUGGGGCCCUUCUUCAAAGUGAUGUGCAGACAAAACAAAGGCGAGGUGAGAGAUGAACUGUUUCAUGCAGUAAGUGGAUAGGGUCUAGAAUGCACUGCGUGGAAAUGUGAGAUAUUCAAGAUGGCACGGGAUGAUUAUUUGAAUAGAAAUUAUGUGUAGUGAUAUGUGCGAGAAAACAGGAGGUUGAGACUACGGAAUAGAACGGAUGCAUACAUGAUGGGCCAAAUGGCCUUCUCCUGCCCUGCACCCAUCCUGAGAUUCUGUGAAACAGGUAACGUCAAUAUCAUUCAGGUUUAAAAAUGCUACAGCUUUCUUUUACAGACACCCAGUCGAGUUGUAACUCAUGAACCUAACUGUGUGGUUUACUUAGACAAACAGCAACACUUGAGAAGAGCAUGUAAAACAAUUGGGAACCUUACUUGGACUGUUUCAGAUCACUGACCUAGUGAUUAAAUUCUGCUGACAGUGGGUUUGCAACAGCACAGGUAAUUUACCUGCAUAACUCAACAGGACAAAAUCAAGCGCUGCAGCAAAAGUAAAGGUCCAUUUGGGGUGGGUGUGAUGUUAUCAGAAGAUGUUGAAUGGGCCAAAGGAGGCCAGUAGGGUUCUUAUCUUAAAAGAAAUACCCUACGGUUGUAAAUGCAACCCUGGAAUUGUUACUGGUCCUGAAACAUUUCACAUUUUAUGCCCACAAAGAGAUGCUAAUUUACACUGAUUGUAAUCCUGAGACUUUUGUAGAAUAUUUUAAGAAUUAAAAUAGUCAACUGUAUCAGUGGAAUUUACUAAUUCAACUUUAUAACGCCAAAACUGUUCACAUUCCUGGGACAAUAAUAUCAUCGCUGAUGCCCUGUCAAAAAGUAAGGAUCAUGUGGAAAGAAAGAAGGUGACAAUGAAUUGUAUAGAUUUUGUAUUAAUGAGUAAAUGAAGAUAAAUGAAUG